AUGAAUGACUCAACAGAUUUCAGUCAAACGUUAUCCGAGUACGCAGUGUCCAGUCUGACAGGAGGGGCUGUGCAACGUCUUCAAGACAGUGCCGAAUCUGCCCAACACAACUUAGAUGCUAUUGAUGCGGAGCGCAACAACCCGAGUUUUAUAUCUGCUAUGAAUACGCUAAAUUCAAUACCUGGUGUCCCAGGAAUUACAACUCCCACGGCAAGAGAUUCUGACUUGGAUAGUAUAAAGGAUAAGGUCGGCGACACUGUGGAUACUAUCAAACCAUUCGACCAUUACAGAUGGAUUGCUGGUGUGUCCAUUGGAGGUAUUAUCUCCCUUAUCGUUGGACUACAAUUUUUUGGCUUAGGUUUUGGAGUGUUUGGAAGCUGCCGUUCCGCUCCUGACGACCCCAAGGGCUGCAUGUCUAAUUCAGGCGGACGAAUGAUAAUUGCAUCUAUCGUCUUCAUCUUCCUGUUUGCAUGGCUGUUGAUGUUGCUGACCACACUGCUUUUCGCCGUUGGAGCAUUGACAGAGAAGUUUAUGUGUGAACCCUUGAAGGACCCUGAACUCACGGAUAUAGAAUCGGUGUUGAAUGACUUUGUUGAUAUCAAAUCGAUGCUGCAAUACCAACAAGACGCACCAAGUCUGGGAACAAUCCUAAGUUCUUGUAAAGAGAACAAGGCAAUCUAUAGUGCGUUACAAAUGGAGAAAAUGGGCAAUCUCGUUGAUUUCCCAGCUCUGGAACGACAAAUAACAACAGCUAAAAAAGAUAUGAAGACCCAGUUGGAUGAUGUACUUAAUAACCUCGCGGGAGGGUCAUUCGCAUCAGUUAACUUAACUGACGGUGCUGUCACAACAAAGCUUGAUAACACAAAACGAGACAUUAGUAAUUUCGAUGUAAAUGCCAUGGAAAAAGAGGGUGUAAUGCAACAGAAAUUAGUUCCACUGAAAACACUUACAACCACGAUCGGGCCUUUGGUUGAUGACGUUAAAAUCCAACUAGCGAGUGCAACAUCAGCGAUCCAGAAUCAAGGGGAAAUGAGGAAGAUAUCGGAUCAUUUCAUUAAUAACACCUUUGAUGUUGUGGAUAUCUUUUAUACCAGCACCAAGAAUGCGAUUUAUGAGAUCGACCACCUUAAGACUAACGAGUUUAUUGUAUCUGCUAUAGAAUCUGUGUCUUUUAAUCCGUCCAGUAAAAAGAAUGCUAGUCGUUAUAGAAAAUAA